AAUAUACUUCUUGAAUAUCACGAUGGUUUUCAAAGUUAUUUGAAUUUCAUACUUUUCAAGUGCAUCCGUAACUAAAAGUUUAUCAUCUAAUGGGCGUUUUCCUUUCCUUUUUUUCUUUCCUUUUUUUCCUUUUUUUAGCAUGCACCGUCUUUUUGUUAUUUCCAUUUAAAAGUAUCCAUAUAUACAUAGUAUAAAACGGAUACUCGCACGAAGAAGUGCAUUAAGCACUUCUUAUUUUCUUGAUCGUAUUUAUUCACCACAGAGGCACAACCGUCUAUAAUGGACGACAGAAAUUUUGCGUUAUUUGCGCUCAACUCUGUUUGUGCCUAAUAUAAUCGAUAAUGUUGCAUAACUUGUCUUAAUGAUAACGUAUUUGAUAGCGCUCUGUUGAAUGAUUAUAGGAAAGAAGCGAAUUACUGAUUAUGGUAGUUUAUUCCAGUCAUUGACAGAUAUAUAGGAAAAACGAGGAGUGAUCUGCAUGAGGAGAAAGACCAUCAACAAGGGGUGAAAUUCAAACCAGGAUUGUCACCUAAGGCGCAACAAUCAGCAUCAAUAAAGCUAAAAAACGAACUGAUUAAGGCACCUCAGGUGGCACUCCUUGCGCAAACAUGUUUAAAAUAACGACAUCAAGAAGUUUAGUGAGGACAAUGAAUAAGUUAAAAAAUGGGAAGAAGGCUAAGAUACUGAUAAGUUUGGAACAACUGAUCAAGUCUAAAAGACAGGAGACUACCAACGAAAAUGUUUGUAAAUGACAGUAUCGCCACUAUUUAUGAUAACAAAGUUGACUUGUAAUUAGUUAUUUUGUUAACAAGAGAAAAGGAAGGACAUGUUGUCUCAUUUAUUGCAUUUGUCCAAGUCUUACAUGUGUGUUGCGUAAAAAAUGCAAUGAUAAGUUUUAAAAAAGAAACAAUACAAGCUUUUUUGAGAAAUUUAAAGGAUCCAAUGUAUUAUCUAAAUAAUAGCAUAAGUUUUUAUAUUAUUAUAUUAUAUUUAUUUUCAGAUUAGUUAAUUCAAUUUAGUCUACUUCAGCAUACGUCGUUCGUCCAUAUUUCCUGCCAUGCCUACAAGGUGAGAUAUUGUGUGUUUUUGUUUUCAUCCUUUGGUUGCUAGCUAAGUGAGAAAGUCUCUCUCUACUUCUUUCCAAGUUGCGUUUUCUUAACAUAGUUUUAGUCAUCUUUUUUUUUUGUGUAAAAUAUUGAGUGUCAUUUUUUUUAUUGUUUUUAUUUUUGUUUUUUACGGGUUUCACACAAUCGCCGUGUGAAAACUCGUUUUUAUUAAAAACAUGGAUGAGAAGCGGAAUUCACAUUUCAGGUCUAUUAUAUCCACGAAUUAUAUGCUGCAAUUGGACCAAUAUUGAACUGUCACAAACAAUCUACAAAUCAAUUAGCAAAAAAUAGUACGUAUUUUUUGUAUAAAUUGUCUGUUGUGAGAAGUAACUUAGUACCGUUCAUAGAUACUUCACUUUACUAAUCGUAGCUAAAGUCCUUUAUUCUUUUUCGAAGAAAAUUAAUUAAACAAAUUUUAAAAAGAGAAAGUUGAUCCGUUCCAGUGGGUGCUGAAGCUAGAACUUAUGAGGUUUUAUUUAUGCGGUCAACUAUUGUUAAGUUUACUUACGCUUUUACAAUAAGAAUUUGUUUAAUUUAGGCUAUGGCCGGUAUUGGGGGUGGUGGUCCAAAUAAUUCAGGCCCAUUGAAACCACAAGAAUCAAAAAUUAUUCGCUAUACACCAAUUGAUGUUAAAGAUCCAACGGACGCUUUAUUAGAAGCAUGUUAUCAAGCAAUUCAACAGUUAUCAUCUUCUCAAAAUCGUUUUUCACUUGAUUCAAAUACACUAUUUCAAAUAUCUCAAACAAAUAAAAAAUCCAAAAUGGAUAUAUCUCAUGGUUUACUCUAUGGUAUCUUGACCGAUACAACGACAGGUGGCAAUGGUGGUGGUGUACUAUGUUCAAAACAUUUUCAUGAUCUUCUAUUAUUAAAUGGGACAAAUUUUUCUUACAUAAUAGGCACACUUGAAACAUUAAUAAGUAAAAAUUGGAAACGAUUUUAUGAUAAUAUUCGUCAACAAUUGUACUGGUUUCUAAAAGAAACAAUAUCAAGUAAUAUCGAUGGGAUUGAUCGAUUAUACUACGUUUAUUUGAGAAACAUAAAUCCAUAUGAAUCAAGACAAGAACGAUGUUUAGAAUUAUGUGAAAAAUUAAUUGAAUUGUUGUUAGUCUAUCCAUUAUUUUUAAAAUCCUAUCCUGAAAUGUUAUUGUUGACAAUUUAUACUUAUCUAUGUGUGAUUCCUGCUCAUUCACAAUUUCAUUCUAAAUUACGUCAACGUGAAAUUGAUUUCAUUCUUAGUCUUCUGCGUGAUCAUUCAUCAUCACGUUGGGAUUGCAUUGGACGGGAUCUCUUUCGUCUAUUUGCUCAAAUCUCCCAUAUAAAAGAUAUUGAUUUAUAUUUGAAACAUUUAUCUACAACAACAUCUCAACAAUCACCUGAUUUUUUACAAAAGAUUUUACAACAACAAACUGAACCAAAAUUUUUAGCACUACCAUUAACUUUUGACUUAGAAAAAAAAUUACGUUUUCUAUUAGAAAAUUGUCGUCAAGGUUAUGAAAAAUAUUAUUUUGAAUGGUUUCAGCAACAAUUUUUAAAUUUUAAACAACAGCCAGAAACAAUUUAUCUUUGCUCACACAUUAUACGAUGGCAGUUUAUAUGGUGGAUGUUAACACAAUUAUCCGCUUAUUUAAACACGGUACAAGUUACAGCAAUGGCAUCAAAUCAAAUUGGAGUAACACAAGGUACAACAUCCAGUACAAAUACGAGCAAUCAUUUAAUAAUAACGCUUAACGAACAACUCAUUCAGUGUAAAUUAGCCAUUUAUUAUGAUUGGUUGUUUUAUGAUCAAUCGCAACAGUUACUGGAACAUGAAUUGUUAUUUAAUUCUAUAGAACCUGGAUAUCAAUUGCUCAUUAGAUCUCAUUACACGAAACCAAUACUAUUGUUUAUUCUACAUUUAUCUGAAAAUUAUAUAUCGAAUUUAAAAUAUCAUAUACAACAGAAUAUUAAACGUUUAUUUAAUGAUUUUUUACAUAAACAUUGGCUCAAUUCAUUUCAGCAAUUACUCCAGUAUUUUGCAAAUGAUAGAGAUUUAUCACAUCGACUACAAAUGACAUUAUUUGUAUUACCACAACAACAACAACAGCAAAUUCAACAAAUUAUGUUAAGUGGUAUCCCAGUUAAUGAGGAAUCUGUGAUGAAUGAUGAUAUUUCACCAAAUGCCAUGAUGCCACCUCGUAGUGAGCAUGAAAAGAAUGAAGAAGAUAACGAUGUCAUGAUGUUACAACCUGUCCGUAGUCCCACAGCCGGUCGAUUUAGUGAUGAUGAUGAAGAUGAAGACAGCAGCAAUAGUAAUACUAAAAUUUCAAAAACUAACGACGAAUAUGAUGACGAUGAUGAUACAAAUGAUGACAUGAUUAUUGAUCCUUCAUCAACUAUAGAAAAUGAGCGUGGAUUAUACUCCAUAAGUUUAACUCGUGAUACCUUUCCAUUUCAGCAAUUUCGUUUAACAUUUAUCACGGAAAAAUGUGUUCAUUUGGCUACAACUUAUUUGCAUGCACCUAGUAUUCGAAUGAAAUGUUCUCUCAUUGAACAAUUGUAUAAUGAGAUUGUGACAUCAGAUGGUAAAAUGUUUCAGUUAGGCGUGAGGACCAUAGAAAAGAAUAAUGGAGGAAUACAGCAAGAAAAUUCGAUAUCUUAUUCAAUGAUUAAAUAUGAUAAAUAUAGUGAUAAAUUUCAAACAAAAUUAUUAAGUUUAUUCCAAGAGAAACUUAUUGUGAAUGGUCUCAUGUGUUUAUAUUUAUUACGAGCGUUUUUCGUCAAUCGUCUUCUACCAAAUAAAACUCAGCUGCAAACAUCAGCAACAGUUUUAAGUAAAGAAAAUAAUCUAACCUAUUCACCCAAAAAAUUGCAACGUACAUUGAAAACUUCACCUGUCUAUGUUUUAUUUCAAUUAAUAUUAACGAAUGAUGAUCAAAAACAAGAGUAUUUUAUACGUUUAUUACAAGCAAUGUACUAUUUUCAAUCAGAAAUAGCCUAUUAUUUUCUUUAUUAUCUUGCUGUUGAACAACACGCAAAACCAAUAGAAGAUUUGGCAAAAAUCUAUGAAAAAUUUUCGUAUGAUAUUAUUAAACUGAAUUGUAAUCAGAGAAAAGCAGAUGCAUUGACGACACGCGACAAUAAUCGUCAGCCAAUGCGUCCAUUAACUAUUGAACAAGAAAAUACAAAUAAUUUUGUCGAUUUUUUAUAUGAAACCCUUGUUUUGUGUGAGCAAGACGAUACGGAAACAUUUCUGUUCAUUUUCUCCUAUGUCUUUCGUUUAUAUUCGAAAAAGCUUUAUAAUAAUAUCAAAUUAAUUCGUUUAUUUAUUCAAACAAUCAAUGAAUCAGAACACAAAAAUUUUCUCUAUCAAAUUUUAACGCGACGUUUACAAUUAUUUCACGCAUCCAAGUUGUAUAUGCUUAUUGAUCAGACGCUUUUGUUUACAUCUCAAGAGCAACAAUAUUUUUGGGAUUUAUUAUCGGCACAUGAUUUCAUUCAAAAUGACUAUGAACAAUUGUUUACAAAUAUUAUCGAACAUUUACAAAAAUUUUCAGUAUUAUCAAUAACUACAAAUCAACGUUAUGAAAAGUCACCAAAUUUUAUUAAACAUCGAAAUACAAUUGCACUAAAUAAUGUUCUAGACAUAUUAAAAAAUAAAGAGCCAACAUAUGGUUUAGUAUGUUCUCUAUUAGCUCAUGAAUUAACACAAGAAUUUUCAUUUAAAUUAUGGACAAUAUGGAAUAAACAACAUAAGCAAAAAUUGUGGAUACAUCUAGAUCGAAUUAUAACGAAAUGGUUGCAACGUGAACAUGAUUCAACAACACAACAACAACAUACGAAAAAAAUUGAUUAUAAAAUUGGUUUAAUGAAAAUGGCUGCUGAAAACGGUCUUACGUACAUACUAGAACAUUUAACUAUUUUACUAGAACAACUACAACAAGAGACUAAUAAUCAAAUUCAAUCAACAGCAUCCGAUGCUGAUAAUGACGAUGAUAUGGAUUGUUUAACAAUCGAUGAUACAACAACACAAAAUAAACUGAGUGGUGAUUUAAUUAUUCCCAUGUCAAAAACAACGGGAAAAAAUCUCGUUAUGUGUAUUAAGAAACAUGAAGAAAUAGUAGAAAAGAAUAAAGAAUUCGUUGAUAAGUUAGAACAGGCAAAAUUUGCUCCUACUGUUAUACAACCACCACCACCUUCAAUAACUUCAACAAAAGAGACAACAAUAACAUCAACAACAAAUGUUAUUCGCAAUUCAAAAUAUGAACUGACUCGUCCUACUUCGUCGCAUACUAGUCAUUUUUUUCUUAUGAAACGAUCAUCAAGUUCAACAUCGACAAAAAGCAGUUCACCGUCUCAUCGAAAUGGUAGUAGUCGUGAAAAAAAACGUCGGAGAAAAGAAGAAAGUAAAGACAAAAAACGACAUGAAUCAUCGAAAAAACAUUCAAAAAAUUCUUCGGCAAAAGCAAGUCGUUCACAUCGUUCACGAUCAAAGUCACGUUCAGGAGAAACACCAACUUCAAAAGACAAAAAAGUCUCUACAACACCGAUAGUAGGCCCAAGUUUACAAUUGCCUACCAGCGGACCAAUUGAUAAGGAAGCUGAACAAAAACGUCUCGAAGAUGAAAUGCAAAAACGAAAAGAACGUGUCGAAAAGUGGCGUGCAGAGAGAAAACGAGCAAUUGAAUCAAGCAGAGACCCACAAACACCUGUACAAAUAACGGGCAAAGCUUGGUCGUUAGAAGAUGAUGCGGAUGAUGAUGAAUUACAAAAUACUAGUAAAAAUUUUUCUUCUGAUUUAAAACGUGAAAUAGCUGCAGCACGAGAAAGUAUCAUAGCCACACAAAGUGGCAAACAAAAGGCAAAAGAAGAUGCUGCUUUUGCUGCUCAACAAGCAUCCGUUACUACAUUACCAACAAAUGUCGAAGACGACGAAGAUGAUCCAUUAGAUAAAUUUAUGGAAAAUAUAUCAUCAGAAGUAAAAACAUUGCGUAAAAAGACUUAUCGUAUGUUACCACCAUUAGUUCCCGCUGGAACAAACAUAAAGAAAGAAGAGGAAACAGUUGUGAAACAUGUUAAACCAUUGAAUACAACAACAUCCGUGGUUACUGUUAUUAAGAAAAAAGUGAAACAAAACGAUGAAAUUGUAAUAAAAGUCGAACCAGAGGAAGAAUCAUCGUCACCGUCAACAAAUGGAUUUUCUUCUAUAGUGAAAACCGAAUACGAACAAAAACCACUCUCGAUAUCAAAAGUAACGUUGAAAAGUGGUAUAGCUAAACAUGGUAAAGAUAAAGGAUUGAUUAUGGAACAAGAUAUUGAUGGUCUGGAGUAUUCGUCGGAGGACGAAAAACCGGAUGAAUUUGAUGAUAUGAUGACGACUAAAAAAUCUAAAGCAGAUAUGAUCAUUACAGAUCAUUCAAAAAUCUAUUAUCGUCCAUAUCGAAAAGAUUUCUAUACGGAAGUACCAGAAAUUACACGAAUGACAAAUGAAGAGGUGGCAGCCUAUCGUGAAGAAUUGGAUGGUAUUAAAGUAACGGGUAAAAGAUGUCCGAAACCAAUUAAAACUUGGUCACAAUGUAUAACAUCGAAUAAAAUUUUAAGUACUCUAAAAAAAUUUGAGUACGAAAAACCAACACCAAUUCAAGCUCAAGCAUUACCAGUUAUAUUUUCUGGACGGGAUAUGAUUGGCAUAGCUAAAACCGGUAGUGGAAAAACACUAGCAUUUUUACUACCAAUAUUUCGUCAUAUUAAAGCACAACCACCACUAGAUCCAGAUGACGGACCCAUAGCAAUCAUAAUGACUCCUACUCGUGAACUAUCGCUACAAACAACAAAAGAAUGUAAAAAAUUUUCUAAACUGCUUGAUAUACGUUGCGUUGCCGUUUAUGGUGGCACUGGAAUUUCAGAGCAAAUUGCCGAAUUAAAACGUGGUGCUGAAAUCAUUGUAUGUACACCAGGAAGAAUGAUUGAUAUGUUAGCAGCAAAUGGCGGUAAAGUGACAAAUUUAAGACGUGUUACCUAUGUUGUUUUGGACGAAGCUGAUCGAAUGUUUGACUUGGGUUUUGAACCUCAGGUCAACAAAAUUCUUGAUAAUAUUCGUCCGGAUAGGCAAACAGUGAUGUUUUCUGCUACAUUUCCAAAACAAAUGGAAGCAUUAGCACGAAAAGCGUUGAAUAAACCGAUUGAAGUUGCUGUGGGUGGUCGUAGUGUAGUCUGCAAAGAUGUUGAACAACAUGUGGAAAUGUUAGAAGAUGAUGAAAAAUAUUUAAAAUUACUGGAAUUAUUGGGUAUCUAUCAAGAACAGGGGAGUGUUAUUGUAUUUGUUGACAAACAAGAACAUGCGGAUGAAUUAAUGAAAAAUUUAUUAAAAAAUUCAUACCCUUGUAUGUCAUUACAUGGGGGGAUUGAUCAAUAUGAUCGUGAUAGUACUAUGGUGGAUUUUAAAAGUGGUGAUAUACGUUUGAUGAUUGCGACAAGUGUAGCAGCACGUGGUUUAGAUGUGAAAGAUUUAAUAUUAGUUGUAAAUUAUGAUUGUCCAAAUCAUUAUGAAGAUUAUGUUCAUCGAUGUGGAAGAACGGGACGCGCAGGAAAUAAAGGUUAUGCGUUUACAUUUAUAACACCGGAACAAGAACGUUAUGCUGGUGAUAUUGUUCGUGCGCUCGAGUUAUCUAAUACCGAGGUUCCUGAAGCAUUAAAACUACUCUGGGAGGGUUAUAUAGCAAAAAUGGAAGCGGUUAGUAAAAAAGUGAAAAGUGGCGGAGGAUUUAGUGGUAAAGGAUAUAAAUUUGAUUCAUCUGAAGAACAAAUGACAGAUGAAAGACGAAAAGUACAAAUAGUGAUGAUGGGCAUACAUGAUUCAGAUGAAGAAGAGGAAAGCGUAGAUAUUGAUCAACAAAUUGAUUCAUUAUUCAAAAGUAAACGUCGUAUAAAAGAUAAAACAGAAAUCCCUGUCACACAACCUGGCACAGGAGCUGGAGCGGGUUCGAGCUCGCCUGCAUCCACCACCGCGUCAGGUACAGCAUCGACGACCGCAACUCCUGCAGUGACAACUGCCGCUGAAGCAGCAGCCAAAUUAGAAUUAGCAAAAAAAUAUGCAUCCCGUAUUAAUUUUAAUAAAUCGGAAUCACGCGAUACUGUUCAACUAGCAACAACGUCGUUAUUUCAAGGUGGUACAUUGAAUCAAUCAUUUUCGAGUCGUGUUGUGGCCGAGCAAAUUGCCGGACAGUUAAAUAUACGUUUGAACUAUCAGAAACCGGAAACAGAAGAACUGGUAAAAGAAGAUGCAUUCAAAGUAUUUGAAGAAGAAUUAGAAAUCAAUGAUUUUCCACAAAAUGCAAGAUGGAAAGUAACAUCAAAAGAAACUUGUGCUCAUGUCUCAGAAUAUGCUGAUGUUGGCAUGACAGUACGUGGACAAUAUUAUCCAAAUGGAAAAGAUCCUAUUCCAGGCGAUAGGAAGUUAUAUUUGGCACUAGAAUCAUUAACAGAACGUGGCUUACAAUUAGCCAAAACUGAAAUAGCUCGAUUAAUCAAAGAAGAAAUGAUGAAAAUGCAAAAUCCAGCCAUGCAAUUGGUCAAUCGUGGUCGUUAUAAAGUUAUCUAA